CGGCGCGGGCGGAGGGCGGCAGUGCGCAUGCGCGGGGAGGGGGCCCGGCGGCGCGUGGAGGUGGGGGUCACGUGGUACGGCACCGAUAGAACGGGGCUGUAGGACAUGAACAGGAUCCGGAUCCACGUCCUUCCAUCCAACCGCGGCCGCCUGACCCCCAUCCCUCGCCCCCAGGAGCCCCAAUGCUGCUCGUUCAGCCAACGUCAAUGUUCCCAGCCCCGCCUGGACGGCCACGACUUCUGCAUCAAACACAUCCUGGAGGAUCGCAGCGCCCCCUUCAAACAGUGCAGCUACAUCUCGGCCAAGAACGGGAAACGCUGCCCCAACGCUGCCCCCAAACCCGAGAAGAAGGACGGUGUGUCCUUCUGUGCUGAGCAUGCCCGUAGGAACGCGUUGGCCCUUCAGGCUCAGCUGAAGAAAUCCAGCCCCGGAGCCGUGAGCGAAUCCCUGCUGUGUCAGCUCAGCUCCUACGCCAGGAACGAGCCGGGAAACCAGGGCAGCGAGAGCAGCCGCAGCGAGGCCAGCAGGAUCCUGGAUGAGGACAGUUGGAGCGAUGGUGAACCCGACCCUGUCACAGUGGAUCAGACGUGGAGGGGGGACCCGGACAGCGAGGCCGACAGCAUCGAUAGCGACCAGGAGGAUCCUUUAAAACACGCAGGUGUGUACACAGCGGAGGAGGUUGCUCUGAUCAUGCGUGAGAAGCUGAUCCGCCUGCAGUCUCUGUACAUUGACCAGUUCAAGCGGCUGCAGCAUUUGCUGAAGGAGAAGAAGCGGCGCUUCCUGCACGGCCGCAAGGCGGAGCACGACGCUGUGGGCAGCAGCCUCCUGACGGGACCCGAAGGACUCACAGCCAAGGAAAGGGACAACCUGCGGCGCCUCAAGUGCCUGCGCCGUUACCGGCAGCGUUACGGCGUGGAGGCGCUGCUGCACCGGCAGCUCAAGGAGCGCAGGGUGAUGGCGACCGACGGCGCCGCACAGCAGGCUCACACCACUCGCUCCAGCCAACGAUGUUUGGCCUUCGUGGACGACGUGCGCUGCUCCAACCCGUCGCUGCCCAUGGCCCGGCACUGCCUGACUCACAUCUGCCAGGACUCCAACCAGACGCUGUUCAGACCCUGCCAGGGCUCGGAGGAGGUUCCGUGCAACAAACCUGUCCCCGUCAGCCUGUCGGAGGAGCCGUGCUGCCCGCUGCACCUUCGCCUGCCCCCGCAGCUCUACGUCCCGGAGCAGGUUCUGCCCGGCCCCGAGGAGCUGGAGGCGGCUCCCACCGACCUGUACCUGAGCGCGGCCGAGCUGCAGCCCAGCGAGAGCCUGCCCCUGGAGUUCAGUGAUGACCUGGACGUGGUGGGUGAGGGGCUGCAGUGCCCCCCAUCCCCUCUGCUCUUCGAUCCAUCCGCCGGCCUCGCUCCGUCCAUGCGGGAUGUGGCUGAAGCCCCCACUGACAUUUUGGCCUUGGAGGACCCCCCCCACGCCGCCGCCCCCCCCCCACACGUGGCACCCGCAGACGGGGGGACCCACAGCUGCCCCACGGCCACGGGGUCACCCACACAGGUGAGGAAUGGAGCAGUGCUGCUGGCUUAUGGGUCACCCCAUAGCCCGUAUCAUGGGGGGCUGGGGGGGACCCCAUAGCCCUGGGGGCUGGGAGACCCCAUACCCUGUAUCCUGGGGGGCAGUGGGUGACUCUACCCCAUAUCUCAGGGUCAGUGGGUGACCCCAUAUCCUAUAUGCAGGGGGUGGGCAGUGGGUGGCCCUAUAUCCCAUAUCAUGGGGGGCUGUAGGUGAUCCUAUACCCUGUAUUCUGGGGGCAGUGGGUGACCCCAUACCCCAUAUCCCAGAGGCAGCAGGUGACUACCCCAUAUCCAUGGGGCAGUGGGUGACCCCAUAUCCUAUAUGCUGGGGGGGCAGUGGGUGACCCUAUAUUCCAUAUCCUGGGGGGCCGUAGGUGAUCCUAUACCCUGUAUUCUGGGGGCAGUGGGUGACCCCUUACCCUAUAUUUAGGGGCAAUGGGUGACCCCAUAUCCUAUAUCCUGGGGUCAGUGAAUGACUCCAAACCCCAUAUCCUGGGGGGGCAGUGGGUGACCCCAUAUCCUAUAUGCAGGGGGUGGGCAGUAGGUGAUCCUAUAUCCCAUGUCCUGGGGGGCCAUAGGUGAUCCUAUACCCUGUAUUCUGGGGGCAGUGGGUGACCCCAUAUCCUAUAUGCUGGGGGGGCAGUGGGUGACCCUAUAUCCCAUAUCCUGGGGGGCCAUAGUUGAUCCUAUACCCCAUAUUCUGGGGGCAGUGGGUGGCCCCAUAUCCUAUAUUCCGGGGUCAGUGGGCAACUCCAAACCCCAUAUCCUGGGGGGGCAGUGGGUGACCCCAAACCCUAUAUUUAGGGGCAGUGGGUGACCCCAUAUCCUAGAUGUUGGGGGGGCAGUGGGAGACCCCAUACCCCCAAGGGCAGUGGGUUACCCUAUAUCCCAUAUCAUGGUGGGCUGUAGGUGAUCCCAUACCCUAUAUCCUGGGGGGCAGUGGCUGACCCCUUACCCUAUAUUUAGGGGCAGUGGGUGACCCCAUAUCCCCGAGGGGGGCCAAGAUAUGAACAUAGGGUAUGUGACCCCAUAUCCUGUAGGGCAAUAUGUGACCCAUAACCAAGGCAAUGGCUGGCCCCAUCCAUUCAGGGCUGUGCCCCCCCCAUCCCCACAUCCCCUCCCCCUUUUAGGGCCGGCAGCCCCCCCCCCCAUCCCCAUUAUUCCCCCCCCCAUCCCGGCCCUGACUGAAAGCCUUCGGUUCCCCCAUAACCGCCGGCUUCAAGCAGGAGCCCAUAGAGCCGCUCUCAGUCUGUCGGACCCCCGACCCCACAAUGGGGGCACCUGGUUCGUAUGGGAGCCACAC